GUUUGCGUCACGUCCGGCGCACUUACGUGUAGUUGGCUACAUUGAGCGCAUCGCUAGGCAGCGCUGCCAUCUUUCUUUUUCCGUUAUUAGUCGAUUUGGCGCCUUCCUGUGUUGGUUGUCCUCGGUUGUGGUGAUUGUGUUACACGUUUCAAAAUGGCUGGUGGUAAAGCGGGCAAAGAUUCUGGUAAAGCCAAGGCGAAAGCAGUAUCCAGAUCAGCGAGGGCUGGUCUUCAGUUCCCCGUUGGAAGAAUUCAUAGACAUCUUAAAAAUAGGACAACGAGCCAUGGUCGUGUUGGAGCAACCGCCGCUGUAUAUUCUGCAGCCAUCCUGGAAUACUUGACCGCCGAGGUGUUGGAGUUGGCAGGGAAUGCUUCUAAAGAUUUGAAGGUGAAGCGUAUCACUCCCCGGCAUUUACAACUAGCCAUCAGAGGAGACGAGGAGUUGGACAGUCUCAUUAAAGCGACCAUUGCUGGCGGUGGUGUCAUUCCUCAUAUACACAAAUCUCUCAUCGGCAAGAAAGGUGGACCUGGAGCUCCCGUCUAAUUAUAGGUACUCACUCAUAAUAAAAGUUCAUACUGCUGCAUUUGACAAGACCGGACGGACCUGAAGUCAACAUUGUGAAAGCUCAUCUCAACAUUAAACUUUGCAACUAGUGAUGUGGACAGUGGAGUGACUACUGAGAACUCUUGUUCCGGACUAAAUAGCAUAAGAAUAGGAUUAAUAAACGCCAUUUAGGGAAAAGGAUCCGUCCUCUAAAAUUUGCCAUUUAAAUCAAUGAAUUCGUUUUGACAGAAAGUUCAAAUUAUGUUGACAGUUUUUUGUGCAUUGGAUCCUUUUCCCUAAAUGGCGUCCCAUUAGCAUUAAGAAGAUUUGAAAUAUAAUUGUAUUAGCAAUUAAGUUUAUCUUUCUGUUCAUUCGUGGAACAUUUUUUACUCUGGACAAAUGUUGUGUUCAACUAUUUUGGAAUUAAAAUUAUUUGCUAUCGGUUUCACAUCUCUUAGUUUCUCAUGAAAGCCUUGAUCAAGGUGAAGCUGGUGCAAUCUAAUUUUAAUACAUUGACUGCAAUUGUGAAUUGAGUUUUGUGUAAGCUCUAAGCUGUAAAUGUUAGUUCUGUAACAACUUGCUUUAUAAUUUUGUAAGGACAUGAUUGUAUUAGCAAUAGUAAAAAAUUAGACAUUGUUCUAAAAUUGUAAUUUUGGUAUGAUUGAACUGUUACAAGUUGUAAGAAGUGUAUUUUGUUCUUUAAAAUAUAUUGAGGAAGCACUAAA